GCCAAUUAUUUCAAGUAUAAAUAUCCCUCAUUAGCACAAUCCUAUGCACCAAGUAAUUAGGUGACUCAGAAAAAGGUAAAGCUAGGAAAAGUCCACAAUACUUCGAAAGAGGGAGGAGCAAGCAGAAAAAGAGCAAAAAAUGGCGCAAGAGGAAGCAAGAAAAGGUCCGUGGAGUGAACAAGAAGAUCUUCAGCUAGCAUUUUAUGUGAACUUGUUUGGAGAUCGACGAUGGGAUUUCUUGGCCAAAGUUUCAGGUUUGAAAAGAACAGGAAAGAGUUGCAGGUUACGUUGGGUAAAUUACUUGCAUCCUGGUCUUAAACGUGGCAAGAUGACUCCUCAAGAAGAACGCCUUAUUCUUGAACUCCACUCCAAAUGGGGAAAUAGAUGGUCAAGAAUUGCAUGGAAAUUACCAGGGAGAACCGACAAUGAAAUCAAGAAUUACUGGAGAACUCACAUGAGGAAGAAGGCUCAAGAUGACAGGAAAAAUAAGGCUUCUAUUUCUCCAUCUUCAUCUUUCUCCAACUGUUCAUCUUAUUUCUCUUCCAACAGUCCUGAUGUGGACUUUAUGCCCAUUACCGAAAACAACGAAAGAAACUUCUACGAUACUGGUGGAUUGUUGGGUGUGCAUGAACAAAGUAGUCUGCAAAAUGCAGGGAAAAAGAAAGUUGGUGAUCAAGAGAAAGGGAAAAGCAUGAAGGUGUACUCUAUGGAUGAAAUUUGGAAAGAUAUUGAAUUAUUAUCAGAAGAAAAUGAGAAAAAAAAUAAACCAAUUUUGCCAAUAUCAACUAUGUGGGAAUAUUGCCCAGAUAGUACUCUAUGGAUGACUGAUGAAGAAGAAACUAAGAUGUUUCCUCAGUUUUAUUGCUUGGACAACCAGGAUAACUCAUUUUUUACUGGCUAACAAGAGGUUAUUCAUUCGAGAAUUUAAGUUAAAUACGCUGACAGUGUAAAGAAUUUGAUAUGAAAUAGUCGUUACCAUCAUCUUAUUGUAGGUUAAGUUGACCCGAUACUUUAAAAAGAACAUACACUGUCAGUACACCAAACUUAGACUCUUUAUUAGAAGGUAAUUUAUUUUAAGUUGGUGUAGGAUUUAUGAGAAAAGUUUAGCUCUAACUUUGUAAAUAGAAAUAUUGGUAAAAAUCCUCAGUCCCUAAAUAAGAAGGUAGUCUGUAUUAUGGUCGGCAGUGUUUGUAACUCGGAUAUUGUAUCAUCUGAUGCUUAGUUAUAUAUAAUUAAUGAGUCUCAUAUGUCUA